AUGGCCAAUCUCAAAGGAGGUGCGAGCAAAGGAGGUCAAAAGAAGAAACCGGGUGACUUCAAGCGCCCGAAGCGAAAGGUGGGCCGCAAGGUCGUCCAGUCCAAUGUGACCAAUGCGUCCAUUCAGUCUCGACGCAUCAACAUGACCGAACAGAGCAUGUUGCAAGACAAAUCUGGCGCGGCGGUCACACAUCGAAACCAAACGCUGCAAGACAUUCUGUCCAAGGCUUCACACUACAACGCCCACGUGCGCCGCGACGCCAUGUCCAGCCUUAAAGAGCUGAUUCGACUACAUCCGAUGACGCUGGUGGCCAACAUUGGACUUGUGCUCGAACGACUGCUGCAAGUCAUGGUGGACGACGAAGCCAUCGUGCGCGAGGCUUGCGUUGCGACGUGGAAAGACUGCUUUGCGAGCCUCGCAUCGUCCCAUUCCGAGCAAGUCGUCGUGCCCUUCGCGCAACUCAUUCUCGUCUACUUCUGCAGCGGAUUGACGCACCUCAAGCCAAGCGUACGAGAGGACGUCCUACGACACAUCAACGCGGUGCUGGACAUUCCGGCCUUCGCGUUGCUGCUGGCCGGUGCGCUGAGCCCGGAACAAUGCGGCCGACUGCUGGAGAACUUCAAGGACAGCAUCUCGACCAAGGCCAGCACCGUCCACGUCAAGAACUCGUACAGCUUGUUUGCGGAAAAAGCCAAGGUCAAGCAAAGCCAACUGCAGUCGAGUGUGUUGAAAGCUCGGUUCUUUGCCGUUGAAGUGGUCCAUAAACUACUCCAGGCGUUGGACAAGGUCACAACCAUUGCGGCCACCGGCGUGCACAAAGACGAGCUGAACUUGGCCAGCAACACAUCGUUGCUACUCGUCUCUCGCUCGCAAGUAGUGGGGUGGAGUUCCCACCGAGAACCGGUCAAAGGCACUUCAGAGCAAGACCAGUCGUGGCCUGCGAAGGCGCUAGCAUUGCUUCCACCACUACUUGGCUUGUGGAUGGAAUGUCAUGGUGAUGACAAUACUGCGCUGCCGCCGACUGUGCUCACGCACUUAAUUUUGAUCGUGGAAGCGUCCACCAUCAUCAUCCGUGCGUCAACUCUGCAGGCCGACGACCCAGCACUCAAAGUGUACGCGCAGACGUACUUCACCGACUUUCCACGAGCACCUAUGGAAAUCAUGAGCAACGCCGACAGCUCCACGCUGCACUUCUGGAGUGCCCUCAAUUUAUCCAUCGCUCAGUGCGGGUGUGAGUGCUUUGUCGGAUCGAACGCCGCCGACUUGGACGACGUGCUCACGCAGUUUGUCCAGUCCGAGUUCGACAACCUCGUGCAGUCCGAUUCGUCUGUCCGGCAAGUGGCGCAGGGGCCGACGUUGCUCAAGGGAAGGCUCCAGUUGCUUACGUCGUUGCUGGAGCGAGGCGACCACCCGGAGUUGCUCGAAGCGUUCACGACACUGUACAUGUCGAGCGUUCCUAACUCAGGGACAUUUCGAGCGUGUUCUGCCUUUGCCCUGCAACAUUUAACCAAUGUAUUCACAACCAAGUCGCGAGCAAAGGUAGCGUCCCUGUCGUGGUCUGUCGUUUCCAAGUGGAUGGGGCGAUUUGGGUUGUACAUGCUUGCGAUCGUGGACUCGACCCAGCAAGACACGUUCAAAGCCAUCUUUCGCGUGUCCAUUGGCGUACUCACCCGACUGCCGCCGGCAGAACUCGAGUCGGAACACAUGGCGUCGUGGUUGACUUCCGUGGUGGCCUUCUUCACCUCGACCACCAAUCCGGUCUGGUUCGGACAGCUGCCGUGGUCCACCCAACUCGAAGCCGUGGCGCUGCUGCACCAUCUGCCAACGUACCCGCCGGCGUUUCUGCGGACGUUGGCGGCCUGCUGCAAGGCCGACAUUGUUUCUGUGGACGCCAAGAGCUUCGUCCUGGAUAUCGUGUCGGACCAGCUACACAAGCUCGAUCGGGGGGCGCUGCUCAGUUUCUACAUGAGCACGCUGUUCGCCCAGGGAAACGAACUUUUGUGUCCGCAAGUGUGUCGACUGUUGAGCGGGCUCAACUUUGGCUCGUCGCUGUCGUCCAUUUUGGCUCCUACGUUGGCCAAGCAGUCGGUGGAAGACAAUGCCGUGGCACUUGUGAUGGCCUUCGUGGUGUGCUUGAAGUCGAAUGCGAAAGGUAGCGGAGGGGAAAAGCAACGGACACCGGACGUGCUCAAGACCCACUUGGUGGCAUCGUUUGUCAAGGUUCUGGUCACUCCUCAGCUGGAAGCAGCCUAUUCGACGCUCGUGUACGAAGGCAUGCGGUAUUGCAACGGCGUGUUCUUGGACGUCGCGACCCAGCUGGUCACUGAGACGAACCUGGCGGGGCUGCUGCAGUUGCUGCGAGAGUCCAGCCUUCGCAAGGUGGUCGCUUCGUAUCAUGCAGAGCUCGUGGACGUGAUUGCAGGCAUUCCCACGACGCACGCAGACGACAAGCGGCUGUUGGUCAAUGAACUCAAGCUUGUCGUAGUUAAUGCGUAA